CUCAAAGGAGGAUGCACUAAAGGAUGAACGCACAAAAGGAAGGAGAAAGGAGGAGACUUAAAAGUUCAACAGAGGAGAACAAAUGGAAACAGAAGGAUCAGUAAGAGGAGGGAGGGAAAUGUGAUGAGCUUUAUGAAAGAGGAAAGAUAGAAACAGAAAAACUUCUAAGGAGGAAAUCCACAUCAAGUAAACAGAUUAAAAGUGAGAGAAAGGAAGCCAUCAAGGACAAAGGAGCUGGAAGCUUUGGAAGGAUAGAAAGGAAAAGCAAGAGUCUGGUUGAGGGAGGAAAAAAACAUCUGGAUGGUCUCCAAAGCGACAGCCAGCUGGUUACCCACCCACCGAAGAUGGCUUCCAACUUCAACGACAUUGUCAAGCAAGGCUACGUGCGCAUGCGCAGCCGCAAAUUGGGGAUCUAUCGGCGUUGCUGGCUGGUAUUUAAGAAGUCAUCCAGUAAAGGACCUCGUCGCCUGGAGAAAUACCCAGAUGAGAAGUCUGCCUACAUCAGAGUCUGUCCCAAGGUGACAGAAAUUAGUAAUGUCAAGAAUGUCACGCGGUUGCCUCGAGAUACCAAGCGACAGGCCGUGGCUAUUGUGUUUACAGACGACACCUCACGUACCUUCACUUGUGAAUCAGAGCUGGAGGCAGAAGAUUGGUUCAAGACGCUGUCAAUUGAGUGUCUUGGCAUGCGGCCCAGUGACAUCAGUAUGGGAGAGCCUGACCUGCUGGCUGCUGGCGUACAAUGUGAACACACAGAGCGUUUCAACGUGUUCCUUCUCCCCUGUCCCAACCUGGACAUCUAUGGCGAGUGCAUGAUGCAGAUCACCCAUGAGAACAUUUACCUUUGGGACAUUCACAACCCUCGCACAAAGCUAGUCACCUGGCCCCUCUGCUCCCUGCGGCGCUAUGGACGCGACGCGACCCGCUUCACCUUCGAAGCCGGACGGAUGUGUGACAGUGGUGAAGGCCUUUACACCUUCCAGACCAGAGAGGGAGAGCAAAUCUACCUAAGGGUUCACUCCUCAACACUGGCCAUCGCUGAGCAGCACAAGAAGGUCCUGCUAGAGAUGGAGAAGAACAGCAGGUCAAUGUCCAAGAGUUCAGAGCCUGGCUCCUACCCCUCUACCCCCACUGCCAUUCUGCCCCGAUCCGCCUACUGGCACCACAUCACUGGGAAUCAGACCAGCAUGGAUCCUGGUUCUGGUGACUUAUCAGAAGACCACCUUUUGUCUACCUGCUUGCCUUCUGACUACCAUGCGACGCUGCCAAUGGCAAAUGCACAUGAACAGUCCCAGCCACCUGUACACACACACUACCCCACCUACCCUGGACAGUGACACACACAACGUGGAUGCUGAAUUACAUGCAAACACAUAACCACAUGCAUGCAUUCACACACAAUCUACACACUGAGGGAGCAACAUUGUCUGCUCUUGUAUAUGUUUGGCAGCCCAACGUCGCACCUCACAGGACGCGUUGGCAGCAGGACUCACACUGGCCAACAGAGCGUCUUGAAUGCACAAGAAGUCAAGUUAACUCUGCUGAAGACUACAAGGUGGUGCAGCACCCACAGUUCUAUACAGACAGGAGAAAUUUGACAUUUUUGUAGACUCACAUUGGCAUGUGUUGCCUACCAGUUAAAGUACGGACUGAAUGCUCUCAGCAUGUUUUAAAACCACCUAGGCUGUAUGCAUGUUGUCCAACUACAUCUAAAGACAGAAUGUUUAUACCUGUUCUAACUGGUCCCUCUAAAGCCUUCAUGAGCCCUUUUAGGGGAAUUUUAUCUACUGAAUUUAUACAAUUUUAUACAUGUAAUUCAAACAUUAGAUGCAGCUUUGGCUGUCAUCAGCACAUGUUUGAUAGUCAUCAAGACACCUACCCAACUCUCUACUGUUUUUUGUCAUUUUCAUAUGCAUACAGAUGUGCAUUUUCAACCCCUUGAGUAUCACAACUUUCACUGGGAUCCAUAUUUAUUAUUUAUUAUUG